AAGGAGAACGAUAACUUGGGGGAGGGGAAGACCCCUCUGUCCCUCCACGAGUCUGUUACAAGUUCAAUUUAUUCUUGUCUUUCUCUCUACACCCACACUAGACUAUAUAGUCUCAAACACUGUCCGAUCGACCCGGCCAAACACGAUACGCUCCACACGCAGGUGGACAAUUCACACGCGUUGAUCCUCUGAUGGUGUAGCCGGCGUGACAAGGACGCCACGAGGCAAACAACCAACGGCUUCCUUCCGCGCCGCCGCCUAUAACGACCACUUCACGUGCCCUAUCUUUCUCCGCCUGUGUUCACGGCUCCCCAAUCCCGUCCCCCUCGAGAGUCUAGGCCCAUCCCCCGAAGCCGCUGACGCAGGAAACGAGUCGACAUGGAGGCCAAGAAGAAGUCGGACCCCUCCGCCGCUGCCACCGCCGGAGCCGCGGCGCCGCCGCCCAGCGGAUACUUCAGCUCCGUCUUCUCCUCGUCGCCUGCGGGGAACGCAAAAGACGCAAAGCAGACCGACUUGUACGCGAUGCUGAACAAGCAGAGUUCCAGAGGCCAGAAUGGCAAUAGCAUCACAGAUAGCAAAUCUAAUGGCCGCAAUAUGUACAAGGAUGGAAAGCAUGCCUAUCCAAACGAGUCAUCAGAAUCUCCUUAUUUUGGCUCAUCCGUGCAUUACGGUGGUCGGGAGUUCUACAGUAGCUCUGCACAGAAGCAACAUGCCAAUGAACCCCCCAAAAAUUAUAAAGAGGGCAAUCCAGAUGGCUCUGCUACUAGAGGUGAUUGGUGGCAAGGUUCACUUUAUUACUGAAUAAUCUCCUGUGGACUCUCCUUUUGUGAACGAGGAAUAAAAGGAGUAGCGCUUGUUGCAGUGUUGGAACUGUUGAUACUGAACCGUCAGGCAUCGGAAAACCAUAGCUGGGAGUUGGCGUCGGGACUACGCCCGUCCUGUCGGUGGAGGCAGUAUUUAGAUGCAUCAUCUCACCUGGACAGAUGUGGGUGUAGGCCGUGUCCUUUUUCUGUUGGUCCCUUUGUGUUUCUUGUGGUUUAGGUGCAGUACUGAAGUAACUGAACUACUGCAGGGAGUAAGCUUCAUAAGCAGCUGCCCAAAGAGUCGCAGCUCGCAGGAUCUCCUGCUACCUGUACCGCGUGUGUCCUUGUUCCUGCUAUGUUUCUAAAUGAUUUGGAUUGUACAUACACCUGUUCCUACCAAGGCUGUUUGGGACCGUG